UGUCCACCAGGGGGCGCAGCCCGGGGAGGCUCAAUCCAAACCAUCCACUCCGCUUCUCCUCGUACCAUGAGCUGAAUCUGUCCGGGACAGACCAGGGAAGAUGGCGGCCACUGACCAUUCCCGGUCCGAAGCUGCCAAACAGCGACGGCAGGAUCAGCUGCAGCGAUGGCUGGGCUCGGAAACGGAUCAGACUGGUUGGGAGGCCCGGGAAACCGUGAGCGGUUCCGGGACGCGGCGGGCGAAGGUUCGAUUCGCCCAGGGAGCCGUGUUUAUGGCCGCCUGCUCCGCCGGAGACCGGGAGGAGGUGGCAGCGCUGCUCCGGCAGGGAGCUGACAUCAACCACGCCAACAUAGACGGACUGACAGCGCUUCACCAGGCCUGCAUUGAUGAAAAUGCUGAGAUGGUGCAGUUUCUGGUGGAGAGCGGGAGUGACGUCAACAGAGGGGACAACGAGGGCUGGACUCCUCUGCACGCUGCAGCCUCCUGUGGCUUCAUCCAGAUCGCUAAAUACCUGAUAGAGCACGGCGCUCAUGUCGGGGCGGUGAACAGUGAAGGAGAACUUCCUCUGGACGUGGCCACAGAAGACGCCAUGGAGAGACUUCUCAAAGGUGAAAUCAAAAAGCAAGGUAUAGACGUGGACAUGGCGAGGAAGGAGGAGGAGAGGAUCAUGCUCCAGGACGCCAUGGCGGUGCUGGCAGGAGGCGGCAGUCUCACACCUCACCCGAACACCAAGGCAACCGCUCUGCACGUCGCCGCUGCCAAAGGCUACAUCGAAGUCCUGAAGGUGCUGUUGCAGUGUGAUGUGGAUGUGGACGGCAGGGACACUGACGGGUGGUCGCCCCUGCAUGCCGCAGCUCACUGGGGGCAGGAGGAGGUGUGCGCCCUGCUCGCUGACAACAUGUGCGAUAUGGGGGCCGUCAACAACGUGGGCCAAACACCUCUAGAUGUUGCGGAUGAGAACCUCGCGGACACUCUGGAGGAGCUACAGAAGAAACAGAACGCCUUACGCAGCGAGAAAGAGAAACAGACUCCUGUUAUUGAGACCAGCCCGCAAAUCUCCAUGGUACCAGUUCGCACACGCAGGACUUCUAUCUCUCGUAUGAGCAGCAAGGAGAAGAUCUGCCUCCACGAGCGCGAGAAGCACCCGCCCCCCGCCCUGCCGAGCAGCCCGGCCGAGGAUGAGGAGGAGGAAGGUCAGACGGGACAGAGCCAGUCUCAGAGCCAGUCUCAGAGCCAGGGGAAGGCCUCCAGCAGCUCCAGCUCGGAGGAGGAGAGCGAAUCGGAGAGCGACGCAGAGUCAGAGAAAGCAAAAAACCGAGAGAUCAUAAACAACUUGAACAACAAACGCAACGCCACCAGCCUUCUUCCUACCUCCAUGUCAACGAGUACUGCUGCAAGCCAAGUGAAAAAGGACCCAAGCAAGCCCCCAACCACUGAGGCCCCGGGCUCCUGGAGAACGUCUCUGAGGAAGGCAGGCAGCUCGGUGACUCUGGGCUCAGCUGGACUGUCAGACUCCAGCCAGGACCCCAGCAGACCUCCAGAGACUGCCCUGGGUAUGACCCGCUCUGCUUCCAGCCCCCGCCUCAGCUCUGAGGCCGACACCAAGGAGCCGAGGCUCGCCCGGGUACCGCCCAUCCCGACGCGGAGACUCGUCAGUAUUCCCGACAGCAGCACUGACAACUCCAACAGCUGGCUGAGCCGUAGCUCCUCUUACACCCGGCGCCUUCAUAGUCAAUCGGGGAAUGAUCUCACUAGUUCCACCCCCUCUUUGCUUCACAGCUCAUCUUAUGGAAAGAGACUGGAUGACCCCACUGUGACCUCAGCUAGCACAGGAACAAGCUCUGCUGGACUCAGUCGCCUUAAUAGUGUCUUGGCCCAGAGACUUCCUCAGGAACAGACAGAAAAGAAGGAUCACUUUGCCGUCACCACCUCCAACUCUCGAGACACGACCACAGGCGAACAGGAGACCAAGCAGAGGCGCAAAUCGUAUCUGACACCAGUGCGGGAUGAGGAGGCAGAGGCACAGAGGAAGGCUCGCUCCCGACACGCACGGCAGUCCCGCCGCUCCACUCAAGGGGUGACGCUAACGGAUCUGCAGGAAGCAGAGAAGACGAUGAAGACGGACAACAAAGGGAAAGAAAAGAAAGAAGAGGAAGAGAAGGAGAAAGAGAAGGAAGCAAAAGCAAAGAAGGGAGAGGAAGGGGAAGUGAGCUGGAGGUCUCGUAUUGCCAGUCUGCAGAAGUCUGACCUGCUGGGCCUGACGCAGCCCACUGGCGCUCCUCGGCCUCAGACAGCUGACAGGAGAGAUGUUGAGGCCAGCACAGGGGAGAGUGAGACAGAGCGAUGGGCCAGGGAGCGCAGAGAGAGGAGACAGGCUCGGGCCAGAAGGAAGGCACAGAGGACCGGGGAGAGUGAUGACAACGACCCCAGUGGAGAGGAGGAGUUCUCAGGCAGUGGGCUGGAUCCACAGACAGUCCGACACUUGAGUUCAAGGUCGGACGUAUCCUGUAACGACUGUACCCAGGGAGGAGGCACCGAGACCAAGGAUUUUAAGAAGUUGUUCGAGGAAGUUUCCAGAGAAAACAGUCAGCUCCAGUCGCAGCUGCAGGACACCCAGAGGAUUGUCAGUCAGACCAAGUUGGACCUGGAAAAGGCCACACAGGUGACGCAUGAACUGUUAUUUUAAACAAAUGCAAAGGGAAGCAUCUUAAAGUGCUAAAACUGGUAAUCGUACUGUGGUCAGUAUUUAGAUC